AUGUUUGAAGCUCGUCUUUUACACGGUUCAAUCUUUGCUAAAGUUAUUGAAGGUCUUCGUGAAUUAGUUAAUGAAGCAACAUGGGAAUGUAGUGGCAAUGGUAUUACAUUACAAGCUAUGGAUAGUUCUCACGUUGCAUUAGUAUCGCUUGUUAUGCGAAGUGAAGGUUUUGAAUCAUAUCGAUGUGAUCGAAAUAUGAGUCUUGGCAUUAGUCUUGUUAGUAUGUCUAAAGUAUUAAAAACCAUGGGCAAAGAUGAUUCAUUAACUAUUCGUGUUAAUGAUGAUUCAGAUUCAAUUAUAAUUGCUAUGGAAUCACAAAAUCAAGAUAAAUUUGCUGAUUAUGAAUUACGUUUAAUGGAUUUAGAUAGUGAACAUUUAGGUAUUCCAGAUACUGAUUAUUCGUGUACAAUUAAAAUGCCUAGUAGUGAAUUUUCUCGUAUUUGUCGUGAUAUGAGUAUUAUGGGUGAUUCAGUUCUUGUUUGUACAACAAAAGAAGGUGUUAAAUUUUCGGCUAAAGGUGAUCUUGGUCAAGGAAGUAUUCGUCUUGUUCAAACAACAAAUAUUGAAAAAGAAGAAGAAGCAGUUGUUAUUGAAAUGAAAGAAGCUGUUGCACUUACAUUUGCUGUACGAUAUUUAAGUAUGUUUUGUAAGGCAGCACCACUUUCACCUCAAGUUGGUUUAAGUCUUUCGGAAGAUACACCAUUAAUGUGUGAAUUUAAAAUUGCUGAAAUGGGUCAUGUUCGUUUCUAUUUAGCACCAAAGAUUGAAGAUGCAGAAAACUAA